UUUUCGGUUCAGAAAAAAAGCGAAACUACUUAAACCAGUUUUUCCGGUCGAACUGAAGUUAACCCACGGAAUUCACGAACCGACGACGUUUCCCGUUUAGGGUUCUAAAACAAUGAAAUUGAGAUUCCCAAACAGUGGACUUCUGUAAGUUUUUGUGGAUUAGAUCUAUUUUGCAUACAACGUGUUCGACAAUAUUCCUCUGAGAAAACUCAUCUUCAUCAUUUCUUUGAAUCUCACCGUAAUCAUACACCAUGAAAUUGAGAAGAAUCCUUGGUUCUAUUUCGAGUCUGGCUAAAGAUACUAAGCUCUCUUCAUCUUCUUCGUAUAGACAAAUUUUCACUUCGCGUUCAUCUUCAUGGCAACGAGAUGCCGGAGUAAGUAGGGUCGCAGAAGCUUUACCUGGAAAUCACAUAAAAUGGGCUUCGCUUGGUUCAGUCAGAAAUUCGCAAUUCGCAUCUGGGUUUACUCCUUUGCAGCCGAAACCUUUGGAUUCAAUCAUGGAUUUGGCGAGAGCCAAGACUAAAUCUCCCGAAGAACUCACUUCCAUCUGGGACGAUUAUCACUUGGGACGAGGUCAUAUUGGGAUAACGAUGAAAGCUCAACUUUAUCGAUUGUUGGAGCAACGAGCAUCCGAAUGCCGAUACUUUGUUAUUCCAGUGUGGAGAGGCAAUGGUUACAUUACUAUGUUUGCUCAAGUUCAAGCACCUCACAUGAUUUUCACUGGUCUCGAAGACUACAAAGCAAGAGGAACUCAAGCGGCUCCUUACCUGACUACCACCUUCUACACCGAGCUUUCAGAGACAAAGGACUUGGUGUUUAUCCGAGGAGAUGUUGUCUUCACAAGCAAACUCACUGACGAAGAGGCGAAAUGGAUCAUGGAGACAGCUCAGUCUUUUUACUUGAACGACUCUCGCUACAAGCUGCUCGAACGUUUCAAUAAGCAUACUCAUGACUUCGAGUUCAAAGAUGUGCUACAAGCUCUAGAUAUGCCUGUUCUGUGAUUUUUUUGCCUAAAUCAGGAGAAAUAAAACUUCUCUGAUUUGUUGAGUUCUUGAAACACUCCUUGUAUGCUUUUGUAAGGUAAUAAGACUAUUAUUACUCAUAACAAAACUAGUUUGGCUUGAGAUACUUCUCUUGUGAUGAUGGCAAAUAUCAGGUUUUAGA